UAAACUCAGACGUUUCUUCAUCAUCAUCAUCAUCAUCAGUCUGAAGCUUCGACACUCAAACACACGCAUCAUGGAGCGUAAACUGGAUCUGUCACGACUGACGGACGAGGAGGCCAAACAUGUCUGGGAGGUGAUUCAACGAGACUUUAACCUCCGAAAGAAAGAAGAGGAGCGACUUGGGGAUCUGAAGACAAAGAUCCAGAAGGAGGACACCAAGCGAGAGCUGCUGGGUUCUCAGAGCCAGCUAUCGGACUCUCACUGCAUCCGCUGCCUGCAGCCCUUUAAGUUUCUGGUCAACAGUAAGCGCCAGUGUCUGGACUGCCACAUGUACACCUGCAAGUCCUGCAGCCGCUACAACAAGAAGGAGCACGGCUGGGUGUGUGACAACUGCCGCAUGACCAGGGUGCUGAAAAUCGGUACUCUUGGUUGGUACCACGACAACGUACGGAAUCGCUUCAAACGCUUUGGCAGUGCGAAGGUGAUGAGGUCAUUGUACAAGAGGCUGAAUGGAGACGGUGGUCGUGAUGACGACACUCAGAGUAUGCCGGAUGUCCGCAGCCAUGUGUAUAACGGUGCCGAGGACGACCACAUAGAGACCGAGGUUCAGCGCUACAAAGUGAUGAGGAAGAGCAAACGCUUGCUGUCAGUUCAUCCUCUGGACUUUGACCCCGAGGAAUAUUUCCCUUAUUCACGACGACCUUCUGUACAGCAGAUGCAGGAGGAUCGCGGCUACAGGAAUGACGUGGACUACGACAUGUACAACCACCGAGUGAACCGCAGGAAGAGUCUGGACCGAUACGCCAUGAGACCAGAUGACUACGGCGACAGCAGGAUGGUCCGGACUCGUUCUCUGUCUAAGAUCAGCUCCUCAGUUGCUCGGCAGCAGUACGUGGACACCUCGGACGAGGACGAAUACCCGAGGUACCCCCCUGCGUACCAGCAGUACCCCCAUCGCCGCAAGAACAGCAGAGCGUCCUCCCAGGAGAACCUGGGACAAGCCCCACCCAUGAAUGAGCUGAACAAACGAAUGUCGGCCAUCGAGAGUCUGCUGAACCGCCUGGAGGAGAAGAUGACACCUGCUGAUGAGGCAGCGACUUCGUCGGUUCAGAACGAGGAGGAGAAGCUGAGGAGGAAGCUGAGCGAGUUGGCGGGGAACCUUAGUGAUAAGGGACUGUCCUCAGAUGACGAGCCCGGGAAGAAGUCCUUCUCUGUGGGUAAAAGUCUGGCUGGUGUGAAGGGCGGCCCGGUGGUCACUCUGGACUCUCUGAAAGAUAAAGAGCUGAGCUCAUCCAGUGACGAGAUGCCCACUGAAGCUCAGAAGAGAUCGACGGCCGCCGCCCUCUGUGACCUCACCACUGAGGUCCUGAGAACCAUUAACGCCACAGAAAACGCGAUGGUCGAGUACGGCCUGUCAGAGCCCGUUGACAGAGCCCACUUAGUAGGGACUGAUGUUAAGCAAGCAGAUGAUGCGUUCAGGGAACUUGAGGAAAAUGUGUACAUGGCGGCCGGUCAGUCGUAUGAGCUGGAGACGAAGUUGAGGCGACUCGAGCAGAGCGCCAAGACUCGCUUCGGGGGGACGACGGACUCAGAGCUGUCGGAGCUGGAGGACGUGGUGGCGCUGACCGCCGCCCGAGUCCAGAGCGCCGAGAGCGAGGUGUCGGAUAUGGAGAGUAAGAUCGCUGCUCUGAACGCUGCAGGAUCAAAGAAGAAGGUUUCUGGAUCUCAUCAGAGGAAAAAAGCACCCCAGGAUUUCUCCAAAACCAGUAACGGAGCCCAGUGGAAAUCCAGCAACAUGUUCUGAACCUGAAACCAGCUGGAAGAAAUCACGUCAUUGUUCUUCAUUUAUUUUCUUCCUGGAAGUUUUUUUUUUUUUUUUUUCUGCUGAAUUGUUGGAUUUAACGAAACUCUUCUUUGUGUGUCAAAGAGAAAAAUGUUCAACAUUCACUAUAAAUUCAAACUAAUGAGACACAAUGUUAAAGAUACUUCAUGCUGAAAUUCAACCUAAAACUGAAACAAAGAUGUGUUGAUGCAACAUUUAUGUUCCUUGUUUUCAUAUUUUAUGUUUUUCAUUAUCAAAGAGAAAAAGAUUGGAUCUAGUAUUAGUUAUUCAGUUAUUAUUAUUAAAAUAAUAUUGUCACAUAAAUGAAAUAAAGAAAAAUGUUGAAAUACAGAAAAUUACAAAAUGUUAACUCUCCUAUAUUAAAUUAAAUAUGUGCAGAAUUUUGUCGCUCUUGACAUCCUGCGGGAUAAAAACGUUCAUUAAAAUAAUUAUAACAAUUAACAAAAUAAAUAAACUGAGGAUUUAAAAGAACAUUUUUAAAAAGUUCAUCGAUUUUUUUCGUUCAUAAACAAUCGUAGAGUUUACAGUGAAAAGAUCAGUUGUCCUCUGCGACGUGAAGAAAAAAUAUUUAAACAACAAAAAGAGAGCAAAUACAGUACGGAGGCGUAAAAAUGCCACGCAAAGAAAAACAAACAAAAAGAUCAGUAUCAGAGAAUGACAUGAAAAAUAUUUAAAAUAACGAGAUGUUUUUCACGUCAAAUAUAUUCUAAUGUAAAAACAUGAUAUUUCAACUUUUUACAUUACGUCAUAACCAGCAGCGUUUCACACUGGUCACCCGUACGCGUGUCACACUGCUGCGAACGCUGACAUUCAGAGAAAGUUUCCGUCUGGCUGCUGUACAUAAUGACGACUCCUGGCUGUGAAUCAUACCGCCACUAAAGGUCUGAUGACAAAACCACUCAUGAAGCAUCAGUAUUUGCCGACUUAAGAAAGAGAUGAAUAUUUCCACAUUAUAUCCAACUUUUCAUAUAAAAAAAACAAAACAAACAAAAAACAUUUUUUCUUGUAAAAAAAACACAAAAACAAGAAACUUUUCUUGUAAAAACAAACAAACUUAUAAAAAACACUUUCAUGUAAAAAAAAUAAACUAACAAAUAAAAAAACCCAAUAAAUUUUCUUGUACAAAACAAAACAAACAAAAAAUAUUUUUUCUUGUAAAAACCCCCAAAAAUAAGAAACUUUUCUUUAAAAAAAAACAACAAAACAAACAAAAACAAGAUUUUUUUUUCUUGUAAAAACAAAAUAACCAAAAACAAGAAACUUUUAUAUUUAAAAAAUAACAAAAAAGCAUUUUCUUGUUAUGACACUCUAUAUGUAUGACACGUAUUUAUCAUAUCAUAAAUGUCUGACUUAAUCACAGUGACUGACGGUGGGUGGUGUUACAGCCGCCGCUCCGUCAGUGAUGUCACAGUCAGACAUGGACUCCAGAAGCUACCUCUGGUGGCGGUGUAAAAGAUCCAAACCUCUGAAACGAUUGUGGCCCCGUGACUCUUACAGACAGAGGGUGUAUCUGUGAGUCUGUGGUCGUUCAGUGACAGGAAGUUAGGACACGAGACAGCCUGCCGACUUCAGGUGCACCUGGAGCGUUCACUGAUGUGGUCCUGCAUCAUCAAACAGGUGACAGGACUCCCUCGGCUGUAACACCACCCAUCGUCAGUCAGGCGACAUCUCAACAUAUAGAACAAGACGUUAAAAAACUUCAUGUCUUGUAGACGAGACAAAAUUCAGCCGUUCACCAACAUGAUUUCAUUUUAACAGCAGUUGAACAAUAAUUUAACAAAAUAAGAUUUCAGGUGAUCAAGAUGUGAUCGUGAUAUUACGUCAAACAUUUCACGUUAAGGAAAGAUAAAUACGUUUAUCGUUAUGACAAGAAAAGGUUAUUGUUUUUUGUUUUGUUUUAUUUUUUACAAAAAUGUUUGUUUGUUUUUAUUCAAGAAAUGUUUUUUUUACUAAAAUGUUUUUGUUUGUUUUGUUUUUUUUCGAGAAAAGUUUAUUGUUUUUUGUUUGUUUUUUUGUUUUUGUUUUUUUACAAAACAGCUAAUUGAGGGGUUUUUUGUUUUAUGUUAUUUUGCUUUAUUUUGUUUUCUACAAGUAAAGUUUACUGUUUGUUUGAUGUCAGCGUUCGCAGCAGUGUGAAGCGUACGGUCGGCCAGUUUUAAACACUGCUGAUUAUGACGUAAUAAAAGGAGCUGGACAGUCUCAGUAUGGAGCCGUGGAACAGUGGGCGGAGCGGCGGGCGGAGCGGUGGUGGAUGGGUCCAACAAACCUCAGACUUUCAGCCGUGAGCCAGCUCGGUCACUUCUCCGACGACUGAAAAGCCAAACGAUGAUUUCUUUAAUUUUUUAAAAACCUUACCACGUACUUGUGUUGACGUCCUGGCAUUAGUAACGGCGUCCCAGAACAGCAACAGCAGAAGAAGGAAAAUACCUGGUGCGUAACAUGACGACAGAACGCUUACAUAAAUUUCAAUUUGUCAAAAAAAAAGAACCCAAUACAACACGGUUUCACUAAAUUUGAUAAAAAGAUAAGAUUAUGAAUUUAAUUUAAAAUAACGAAAUGAAUAAUUAAAUAUUUCCAUGAAAAACUGUAUUUGACACAAAUGUUUUACUCUUUAAUCAAUUAAAAUCUUGGACCUAAUGAGCUUUCAUAGUUUUUUAAAAUGAACAUCUGUUUUAGAGAAAGUAUUGGUUUGUUUCAAAUGUUCAGUUUUUCUGAUCACUUUCGAUAUGAUCAAUAAAUGUCUAGAACUAAAGAAUGUCCUCAGUGAUGAAAUGAUGUUUAACAGCAGGAGAAUAUUCUCACAUCAGUUCUAUAAACGUUUUAAUUGAUUGGCUGCUUAUUAUGAACUGGAUAUUAUUGAUCAGGAUUAGUAUUUUCUAAUUGUUUGAAAUAUUGUGUAGGAGAUAAAAAUGUUGAGCUUGAUUUAUUGAUUAUAGAUGAAAGGAAAUAGCACAGUAUAUGACUGACUGAAAGGGUGAAUCUGUGUCAGUGAUUGGCUUCUGAUCAAUAAACUA